ACCCCCAGAGGACAGCUACUGAGACUGCCGUUUGUUCUGUUAGCAGAGAAGAGAAGCCUUGUUCUCCCGGGCAGCUGAAUGGACUCUCUGUACUGAAAAAGAGAGGGCUGGAGAGAGAGAUAGAGAGAUAUGAGAGACGUGUGGCUUGAAGUCAUGUAGACAUGGAGUCAGUGUAAAUUCGAUAAGGUUAAGAAGAAAGUGAUACAGUAUUUAGCGGCAGGAUUCAAAUGAGCUCUUGUUUGGAUUUCUGGGAAGGAGACAUCUAUAGGGGACAUCUAUAGGGGAGGAAGAGGGCUGUAAAGGCAAUGAGAUAAGGGAGGAGACGAGAGAGAGAGAGAUCGGAAUAGAGACGUGUAGGAGAGAGCAUGCAGAAACUCAGAAUUCUCCUAGUGUUGGCUGCAUGGACUUUUUAAAGUAUGAAACUAAAUGCCUGACAUAGGACAGCAGGACCCCGACCCGGUACAGACACAAGUACAGACCCCAGCAGAAGCGUCAGGGCUGUCUAUGCUGUGUGGCUGAAGAGUAGUUGAAUGGCAACAUCCCUGUUUGGUUAGGAGAACAUGAUGAUGUGUGUGCAGACCCAGGGCAAGCUGUGUCGAUCAGUUUGGAAAGGUUUGGUUUUGGGAACUCUUCUCACCAGUUUUUUUAUCCUGUUGUACUCCUAUGCUGCUCCUUCCCUAAGCCUCAGCAGCACAGAGAAACCUGUAUCCUUCCGCUGUGAGCCACCUUCACUUCCUGACUCCCUGCUACCUGCAACCAAUUCUAGUGAGAGGUCCACAUUGCACUGCCUGCCACGACAUAACCUUGUGUUCCUAAAAACCCACAAGACGGGUAGUAGCACUAUUAGUAACAUUUUGUUUCGCUUUGGAGAGAUGCACCAGCUGCGCUUUGCCUUCCCCCGUGGGCGGAAUGACUUUGAGUACCCCAGUCACUUUCAGCGCUGGCAGGUUGAGGGAUACCAUCCUGGCCUGUGCGUCAAUAUCAUCUGCAACCACAUGCGGUAUAAGCAUUCAGAGGUGAGCCUACUGAUGCCCCCGGACGCAGUCUUUGCCACAGUGCUCCGCAACCCAGCUCUACUUUUUGAAUCUGCAUUCCAAUACUUUUCAGAUGUUGUGCCUUUAACUUGGACGCUUCCUGGUGCUGGAAGUGAGCAAAAGAUGGAAGCCUUCCUACGCAACCCAAUGAGCUACUAUGACUCCAGUGGCUUCAAUACUCAUUAUCUGCAUAAUCUGCUGACUUUUGACUUGGGCUAUGACAAUAAUAUGAGUGUUGGGGACCUCAGGGUGUUUCACUUGCUCAAGGAGCUUGAAGGACGGUUUCACUUAGUUAUGCUCUUAGAGUAUUUUGAGGAAUCUUUGUUGCUAUUGCGUGACUUGAUGUGUUGGGAGAUGGAUGACAUACUUUACUUUAAGCUUAAUGCCCGGAAAGACUGUGGUGACUCACGUUUGAGCCCAGAAAUUUACCAGCUGGCACAGGAGUGGAACUCACUAGACACGCUUAUUUACCAACAUUUCAAUGCUACGUUUUGGAUGAAGGUGGAGGAGUAUGGAGUGGAGAGGAUGAAGAAGGAUGUGAUGGAACUAAGAAGGAGAAAUGAAGAACUCAAACAGAAGUGUAUUGCUGGAGGUGGCCCAGUAGAUGCCAGUAAGAUCCAAGAGUCUGGGCUGCAGCCAUGGCAACCUUUGGGAAAAACAUUUAUCCAAGGAUAUAAUCUGAAAAGAAACAUUCCACCACAGCACAGACAGCAAUGUAGGAAUAUGCUGACCCCUGAAAUACAGUACAUGGGCCGGCUGGGAGCAGAUUUAUGGGUUACGCGACUAUGGGGUAGCAUUAGAGCAUUGUUGAACUGGUAGCUCUGAUGAGAAAAGAAAAUGUGAUUGAGGGCUACCAAGAAGAUUGGACCCACAGAUAGUUCUGAGGACAGAAAGAGGAUUACACAGAAAAUUUGCUUGAAGGAACUGAGACACCGGAAGGGUGCUAAGAAGUGGCAGGAUUAUGAUUGUGACAGUAUUCAUGUGAUAGUAUUGGUAUUUUUAUAGAAUGAGUGCUUUUUGGCCGAGUUUAGUAACUCCAUGAGCAGUAUCCAUACAGGGUAUCUUUGUGCAAAUGAAAUGCUGAGAGAAUCAUUAACUGUGUGUUCCCCUCAAUUCUGCACCGUAAACCAUUGACUUGUGAUUUUUAUUAAGGCAGGGAUUGAGUCAGUUCAGUUUUUCAGCUAGAAGGGUGACAUUUAUGAAAUUCUGGUUUUCCAGCGGUUGUGAAAUUGAUGCAUCCAGCAGUUUGCAGAGUUAGGGGUCUAUUCAUGAAGCAAUGAAAGGGUGGAGAAGUCAGUCAGUGGAGAAGUUGACCACGGCAACCAAUCAGCAUUCAAGAAACAUUUAUAGUUUGAAUACUAUAAAAUUAUGCAUACUAUAAAAUUAUAUAGAGCAGCUGAUUGUUUGCCAUUGGCAACUUCUCCACUGGCUCACUUCUCCACACUGUGCACUGCUUCAUGAAUAGACCCCUUAAAAUGAAAUACUGUAGAUAGCAAUGGGCAGUGGUUUCAUACCCUAAAAGGUUGUGUUGUGAGGUUUCUCAAACUAUUACUUGAGUAUCUGGCCAUUAAAAUAUAAUAAGGAUGCACAAUAAACUUAUACUAUAAUAUGAGUUAUGCGGCGGGAUGUAAUGCCGCCUGAGUCCAGCAGCCGUGCGGGUUGCCGGCCGGACUCGGACUGUUUUUUAAAGGGGCAAUUACUUACAAGGCACAGGCGUUUUUUUAAAGGGGCAAUCACUUACAAGGCAUGGUUUUGCCAGGUAAGUGAUUGCUCCUUUAAAAAAAAUGUCCGAGUUCGACCGGCAACCCGCCGGACUCGGGCAGCAUUACAUCCCGCCAAUGCUGUGACAAUGACUAUUUCUUGAUUAAGGGGACAAAGCCAGUUAUUAAUUAUAUCUAUGAAUGCAAAAUUGUUCUAUUACUAUAUUAAUAGGAGCAAAAUUAUUGCAUAAUUCUAUUAGGAAGAUAUUAUUUGGCAUGAUAUUAAGGGGGCUUUAGUUAUUUAUUUAAAUUAUGGGGCUAUAAUAUUUGAAUGUUAAUUGUGGCAACAUUAAUUCAUUAAUGAUUGGUGCACCAUUUAAAGUACACACUUGUGGCAGUUGCCAUGUGCGUGCGUGUAACUUUAGUACCACAAGUGUGCACUACAAUUAGUGUAAACAUCAUGAAAAGAUUUGAUUUGUCCCCCCAUUCAAUAAUUAACAUUGCUUCCAGUAACAUUCACGUCUUAUUGCCACCAAAAUGUAUUAUUAUAUAUAUAUAUUUUUUAAAAACAAUAAUAUUGGGUUCUUUAAAAAAAAACAUACAUUUUUAUUCAAAUUAUUCUUUAACUAUUUUUGUGCCCCCUUAAUUAAGAAAUGGUCGUUGCCAACAUAAUUUAUAAUUUAAUUAAGCCUCCUUAUUAUGUUGAGUGGCCAGAAAGCUCGUACUUCAUGUACUUACCUAUCAUUUAUUGCAGUGUCAGGUGUAAUAUGUGGCAGACAGUAUGGGUAGAAUUCAAAUGUUUGAAAAGUCGGUUGGGUGUCUUUUUUUU